AUGCAUAUGUAUAUCGAUCAAAACAUUAGUUUAUUUUCUGAGUGCACACUGCAAGUGCACAGUCCAUUCGAUCGGAACGUUUAUCCAAUGUCGCGACUAGAUUUGGUGAUAUUUGGGGCCACUGGCUUCACGGGCAAGUACGCUGUAGAGGAAAUGUGUCGUAUAUCAAAGAACUACCUCGAGAUAACAUGGGCUAUUGCCGGUCGCAAUCAGAGCAAACUGAAGGAUGUGCUAAAUAAAAUAUCUAAGAAAAAUGAUAAAGAUUUAUCAUCUGUGAAGAUAAUAAUAGCUGAUGUUCAAGACGAGAAGUCUUUGAAAGAAAUGUGUUCUCAAGCCAAAGUGUUGGUGAACUGCUGCGGGCCCUACAGGCACUACGGCGAGCCGGUUGUCAAGGCGGCCAUAGACAGCAAGACGCAUUACGUGGACGUUAGUGCCGAACCUGAGUUCAUAGAAACGAUGCAGCUCAAAUACGACGAAGCAGCUCGCGACGCUGGUGUAUACAUAAUAAGGGCGUGCGGGUUUGAUUGCAUUCCCACCGAUAUGGGAGUUAUUUUCCUCCAACAAAACUUUAAAGGUAAACUAAAAGGGACGUUGAACUCGGUUGAGUCGUAUCUGAGUCUCGCAGUGCCGCUCAAGGCUUGCACCGGCGGGUUGGUCAACUACGGCACCUGGGAGUCGCUCUUAUAUGAAAUGGCGCAUUACAACGAGUUGCCAGCUUUGAGGAAAAAAAUGUACCCAAAGGAACUGCCCGCGUUUGAGCCUAAAUUAAAGCCUCGG